GCAGGUGGAGCGCAGCGUUGAGUUUCCCAGCAGCUCACAACAAUACUCGGAGAGGCCUCUGGGAAUAACGCACUCCAACUACCAUGACACAAAACAAGGUCAGCUUUGAAAUACACCAGCUUUAAUAACCGAAUGCUUGCUUGAGCUUUUGUAACACUCAGAUUACUUGGACAAACAUCAGUCGUGGAAAUGAUCAGUUCAGAGGUUUUGCGUCCGACCCCGAACCCUGCGCGUAAAAUGCUCGGGAAGCUCGCCAACAGGCUGGAGGAGGUGAAGAACCCCUGGAGACAAGGAUCAACGCUCGAGCUCAGCCACAAUGAAACCGCUCGGCUCGCCACCGACGCGCUCCUGGAGCACGGCGAGAAGGAGUACAAAAAAGUCUUGCAAGACGAAAGAGAAGUGAACUUUCUGUCCCCGCUGGAAAUACGCUAUAUCACCGAGAAUGUGGCCAAAGUUGGCGGCGCGGAUAGCGGCACUAAUGGAGUGGACAUGGAGGAAGGGGACACGGUGUCCGAGCUUACUUCAGGGACUUAUUUCCCCAUGAUGUCCGACGAGGAGCCACCAAUGUUGGAGCUGGGCUGGCCAGAGGUUUCCAACCGAUUUGGACCCACAGAGGCGCAGAUACACUUCCAGAGAGACAAGUCGAAAAACCUCAAAGAUCUCAUUCGAUCUCUUAUUAGUAACGCCAAGAAGGUUAUCGCUAUAGUCAUGGAUAUUUUUACAGACGUCGACUUGUUCUGUGACCUAAUGGAGGCCUCCAACAAGCGCCGGGUUCCAGUUUAUAUUCUACUGGAUGAGAAGAAUCUCAGCUAUUUUUUGAACAUGUGCUCAGAACAGGACAUCCAGAAUUCACACUUAAGUAAUAUGCGGGUAAGAAGUGUGUGUGGAGACACAUAUUGCACCAAAAGUGGAAAGAAAUUCACAGGUCAGGUUCAAGAGAAAUUCAUGAUCAUUGACUGCGAGGAAGUCAUAGCUGGAUCAUAUAGUUUUACAUGGCUUUCAGGCAUGGUUCACAGCAACAUGCUAAUGCACUUCUCCGGCCGCGUUACGGACUGCUUUGAUCGUGAAUUCCGCUGCAUGUAUGCAGAUUCCCAAAUAAUAGACCGUUUCCACAAUCCAGAAGAAGACGGGCUGCCUGGUUACUCUUACCACAUGCCAGUACCAAACUUGGGCUUGGAUUUUCUUGCAGACUACGGCAGCAGGGAGCGAGUGUAUUCGGAGCACUCCAGUAGCCAAUCCAGUGGCAGCGUUUCCAGCAUCAAAGCAGCUCCUCCAGGCAUGAAAUCUAUUAAAGUCACACCUGACAAGAAGAACCCGGAAAACUCUCAAAAGCCUCCUGACAGGAAGGGAGUCACGAGUCCAGUGCUUCAAAAGCCUUCAGGACCCCACAUUGUAAGAGGUUCUCCGAAUGGGACCCUCCAAAGUCAGGCGGUUGAGCGCACUUCCUUAGGUCAAACCGCUGGUGUGGAAUGGUCCAAAAUAGGAACGACAGAUUACCUACGCUCAAACAUUCCCGGACAGACAUCCAAAGUCCAGGCUUUAGGUCUCUACAGUUCUCCAAAACCUCCAUCACCAACUCAACAAACUCCAACCGACAAGGUCACCUCCAAAUAUCGACUUCCCACGCCUUUCAUCAGUAAGUUCACUGAUUUGUUCAGCUCAAAGGACAAGGACUCCCACUUCUUCCAGAAGAUGCCUACUCAUUCCUCUCCGUUUGGUGGGCCAGAUCUUUCUCAGAGCGAACCAGAGAGUAAGCAAGGUCCUGCUCCACCAGGACCCAUGCUAUCGGACAGGAUGCGCCCGGAGAAGGGGAUACAUCGGCGGGAUGAGAAACGCAUGACGUUGGGUCACAGCAAAUUGGACCUUGUCAACCAGUACAACAAGUUAAAUCAAUCCAAACAGGUAUACAGUCGCUUUGAGCUAAAGAACAACAUACCUCAGUGAUGCUGGGCCGUACUGAGCAUUCUUUCUGGUCAAUUCUUGUACAUUCCUGUUAUUGUGACUGUGCAAAGGGACGAUAGUCUUCUUGGAGAGAGAUUGUUGCUCUUUUUAUACACCAGAGAAAAAAUCAACCAGGAUUGACAGGCGAGGAGUGUUUUUUUGUGCAUUUAUAUUUUUUAUGAAAACUAAAUGCUUAGUACUAAUGCUGCCUUCAGGAAGUUUAGGAAAUCAUAAUUACGACAUGAUGUGUUCGAGAUAUAGUGAAUAGGUUUUUUCAAACUUCAUGCAACAGCAUGAAGAGUAAAUGAAUUACUUGUUUACAUUUAAAACAUGUAUUAAAUUAUAUAUUUAUAUAUAUAUAUAUAUAUAAAUUUCAUA